CCUUCCCCCCCGCCCUCCAGUUUGAAGGAGAGCGGCGGUUGGGGAGCCGGCAACGGUCGCGGCGCGAGGAAGGGAGCGGCUCAGGUACAGCUCCGGCGCGCCAUGGGAGCAGCAUCCAGGCCUCGUAACAUGUUGUGCAGCACUUGAGUCUUGACAGCGUGGCUGGCCCAGAGCUGCUGCAGAGGUUCCGGAAGUCGUGCGUCCCCACAUACCGUUGGGCGGCAGUGUGCAUGAGGGUCACGUCCAGGUCCGCACAGGGAAAGAAGUAGCGGGGUCCAUCCAGCCCAGCAGAAACCAUGGAGAACAGGCUGGAAGCAGACAGGCAUACAGGUGCUGCUCUGAGUGACGAGGAGCUGGAAGGAGGCAGUGAGAGCCGUGGAGCAGAAGGGGAACCUCUCUGCUGCAGACCCUAUGCUGCGCCCGCAGGGCUGCAGCCAGCCCGACCUCCAUCCACAGGGCUCCCCUGCACAGAGCCCAGUGCCGCACCGUGGAACCCCACGGGCUCUAGGAGGCGGGUGAUGAAGAGGAAGGUGCUGAGGCGGAGACCUGACGGAGGAGUCGAGGUCUGUGACGAAUCAGUCACCAGCCUGCUAGAGACCACUGACACGUGGAACCUGAGACAGAAAAUGCUUCAGCUGAGCACUGGUCCCGAAGACAGCCUCUUCAAGGGGGAAAUCGAGAUGAGCAGCAGUUUUCUCCAAGAGUUCCCCCCAGAGCCUUCCUACCAGCAUCAGGGCACCACGUGUGAUUCGCCCUUCCUUCUCAGGGUUAUCCAGAGCCAGAGUCCUCCCACCUCUCACUGCACAGCCACAGCGGUGCAACCCAAGUCCUUCAUUCCUCCAAGGCUGGAUGUGCUGCGUCAAAACCGCAGCAGAAGCGAUCGGGUGGCCAAAUAUUUUGAGUACAAGCGAGAGUGGGAGCGGUUCCCUGUGCCGGGUGAGCACCAGCACAAGGAUCUGCUCUGGGGCAUUCGGGCAAAGAUGCUCACGCAGCACAACUUCCCCAGCAAGCCGCAGCGCACCUACGUCCCCAACACCUACACAGUGCCCACCGACAAGAAGAGAUCUGCCCUGCGCUGGGGGGUGCGCUGGGACCUGGCCAACGGCCUCAUCCCCAAGAGGAACACUCCGCUCUGAGGUCAUCCUGGAUGUUCUCCUCUUCCAUCCAGACCCUCAGCAACUCUGAAAAUCAAGUGUGUCGGUGGUAGUGUAACACCUCACCCAGCUCCCCAGGUUACUGGAUUUUGGACAUCCUUACUUCACUACUACACUGUGCAAAGCUUCACUCUGAGUCAUCGUUAGGAAGCCGAGGAAGCAGACAGGGAAAAGCCACUCAAACUCCAUAACGAAGUGAGAGUUGUGAUUUUUACGCUGAAAUGCUGCUGCUCCCCGGACGGGGGGCUGUGGGAGCUGUUUGAUUUAAGGCAACUUGGCAACGUACUUAAUAAAGCGUAUGAGAAAGCUCA